AGUAUAAAAGCUUUGUUGAGAGGAAUUCAGUCACAGUUGACUAAUUCUUUAUUCAGUUAUGGGUUCUUUAUUGUACUUAGCAAUUAUUGCAAUACAGUUCACAAUUAGCUUGGCAUCAUGGAGUAUCCCAAUGAAAUGUUUUUUCCGUGACAGUAAGUCCUUGAACUCAUUUAAUAAUAUUACAAUCAAUUCCUUAAACGUCAAUCACGAUGGCUGGAUACUUCAAGCAAACGAUAUCAAGUUUUUAGGGAUGGACAACGCCAUAUUAGAUGAUUUUGGAAUCAAUUUUGACACUAAAGUUGCGCAAAUUACAUUCCAUACGGAUAUGGUCGUUACAUAUAAUUAUAAAUCGGACGGAACACUUUUUUCAAAGCCUAUUAUGGGAGAAGGAUUCACUGAAGUACCAAUAAAAAAUGUUCAAAUGAAUAUGAAUAUGACUUUUGAAGUUAUCGAAAAGGAUGGUAAAAAAUAUAUCAAUCCAAAGGAUUUCGAAGUUUCGUACAAUAUAAAAGACAAGGCCGAAUUCACGUUCUCAAAUCUUUAUUAUGGAGACAAAGAACAAAGUGACACAAUGCAUUCUCUCAUGAAUGAAAAUUGGAGAUAUAUCACAACUGAAUAUGGAAAGUUCUUUUUUGCUGAAUUUGGCGCAAAUCUUUUUAUAGUGUUUAAAAACUAUGCUCUCGAUUUCUCUUUGUGCUAAAGAAAGCAAUUCCGUUCAAUUUUAUUUUCUCUGUGUGGUGUAUUUAAUAUUGAAAUAUUACUAAAAAAUCAAAAUCAACAAAUGCUUUAAAUUAUUGUGUAUUCCAUAUUUUUUUUAUAAAUAAAUAUACUAUACAUAUGUAGCAUUUUGGAUAAAAGGCUUUUAUUAGC